CCUGGACACGAGUUCUGCCGUGUCCGCGGGAGGAGUUCAACACCUCUCCGACACCGUGGGGAGGGUGGUACGGGGGGACUGCACGGCGACAGAGAGCAGCUGGAUGUGUAGUGGAAGACUGAUGUGUUUGGCCUGUCAGGAGGAACGUCAAAUCCAGGGUGACGUGUCCUGUAACUCCACCUCCAUGUGGGUCAGCUUCCGCCGGGAGGAUCUGGCUCGCCACGACGAGUCCAGCAUGCACCUGCGCGACCCAUCAUGCAUUGCGGAUAUCAGCAACACUCACGUGACCUUUAGUACUGCCCUUGACGAAUGUGGGACCACAGCGGCGGAAAACGGCACAACCAACAAGAUAGUCUACACCAAUGACGUGUUCGCGCACUUGCUGCAAAUCACCCCGGAUGGAGCUGGCGUAAUCACCAGGACCACGGAGGACCGUUGGACGUUCAGCUGCCAUUACGUCAGAGAUGACUCGGUAGCCGUCGGCGCCCUGUUUCCGGUUCCGGCAUCGAGUGUGGUGAUUCUGCACGGAGACGGCUCCUUCACCUUCAGCAUGAACCUGUAUCGGUCAGACCGCUUCUCUCAGCCGUACGGGCAGGCGGACUUCCCUGUAGAGGUAUCUGUGAAUGAGGACCUGUACUUCGGCAUCUCGGUGGAGGCGGCCGGCUCCGGGCUGGUCCUGUUUGUGGACAACUGCAGAGCGAUGCCGUCCUCCACUCCUGGCGGAUCUACAGAGUACUACAUCAUAAAGGACGGCUGCCACCAGGACGACACUCUUCAGGAGUUCACCUCCGCCUCGGCUACUUCUGCGCAGUACGGUAUCUCUGCCUUCAAGUUUACCAACGAAUCACUGCCAUACGUGUACUUGCACUGUGACGUCAUGGUGUGUCUGGAGAACAAUGCCGACUCCAGAUGUGACCAGGGCUGCGUCGACACGCGCAGGCGCAGAAGGGCCACAGACGGCGGUGUGGAGGAACGCGCUACCCUGGUGCAGGGGCCCAUCUUAAUCCUAGUCCCUGAUGACACUCAAGAUGCCUGUGCUGAAAGUUGCCACCUGCAUGCCUCCUGCAGCCCCUCAACAGGGAGAUGUGUGUGCGAACCUGGGUGGGUUGGAGAUGGGGUCCACUGCCAGGAUUUUGACGAGUGCACGAUCGUGUCCUGCGGGGUCCAUCAGCGCUGCGUCAACAAGCCCGGAAGUCACGUGUGCGAGUGCAUGCCGGGAUACAUGGAGGUGGAUGGAAGCUGCCAGGUCGCGCAUGCGUACCGGUCCACCAGCCGCAUUUUGGCCAGAAGCUUCACCCCGGCGCUGGAGGAUCAUGGGAGUCAGGAGUACAGGGAUCUGGUGUCAGAGGUCACCAGCACGCUGGAGUCCCUGUACCGCCGAACUAGUCUGGCCGGAGACUUACUCAGCGUCAUCAUCAUCGCCUUCCGGCCCGGCAGCGUCCUCGUGGAUCACGUGAUCAACAUCCGGGCCUCCGCGGACUUCUCUCCUGCCAUGACUUCAGAUGAGUUCAAGGUCGUUGUGGAGAAAGCCAACGGGACGGCGCUGGACAUAGACAUCGGGAGUGGCGUCGCCAUCAUGGACUAUGACGAGUGCUCGGACCCGGAGAAGACUGACUGCUCCCCGCACGCCGCCUGUCUCAACACCGUCGGCUCCUUCUCCUGCAGUUGCAUCAUGGGAUACCAGGACAAGUCCCCGGAUGUAGCCUCACGCCCCGGGAGGGUCUGUGAACCAGAAGCCGGUGUCUCGGACAGCUGGGUCCCGGCAGCAACAGGUGCAGCAGCUGCAGCAGCUGUCGUCAUCAUCGCCAUAGCAACCAUCACGUACCUGCGCCGUGCCAACCGCAAGAGAGGGCUCAAGAAUGUGGAAGGGCGCAACAAUCUUGCUUUCGUGAACACCACGAGCAAACCGGUGGAGACUGUCAACAGCUCCCCCUACCGGGACUGUGACAGCGGCUUCUAA